UGUUAGAUAUCAAUCCUUAGAUAUUUCUUCAUGUAUUUUUCCUGAGAAGCAUUAACAAUUCUGCAUCCAUACUCCACAUCCUUUUGAAAACUCAUUCCUCAACGGCUAGGACUGUACUUUCAAGUAUGCGAACCCAUCGGCUACUCUUUCAAAAUCCAACUCCGAGAAACUUCAGAACCUUCACAAGGAAAAAACUAACACAACACUCACUCUUUCACUCUCAUAGACCUCAUUCUUUAGCUUAUUGUCCAUCAAAUGACAGGGAAAUUGUUCUUCAACGUAUGCAAUUCCGAGAAGUCUGCAGUACUGCUACAAGCCAAGAACCGUUUUCAUCAGCUUCUCUGUCAGAUUCUCUUUUGGUGGAGAAGAUUUUACUGGGUCUGAAGCAAGGUAAUCUCAAUUCUUUGCGCAGUUAUCUGCUUCGAUUAAACCCAUUGCUUGUUGUUGAGGUUCUUAAUCGCUGCCGCGAAAAUUUGCAACUGGGUCUGAAAUUUAUUGAUUUAAUUGUGUUAAAUAGUCCGAAUUUUAAGCAUUCGUCGCAGUCUUUGAGUGCAAUGAUUCACUUGUUGGUGCGGGGUCGAAGGGUGUCGGAUGCACAAGCUUUGAUUCUUAGAAUGGUUAGGAAGAGUGGUGUUUCGCGUGUUGAAGUAGUUGACUCUUUGGUUUCAACUUAUAGCAAUUGUGGCUCAAGUUCUUUGGUCUUUGAUUUGUUGGUCAGAACUUAUGUGCAGGCUAGGAAGUUGAGAGAAGGGUUCGAGGUGUUUCAGCUGUUUAGAAGCAAGGGAUUUUGUGUUUCGAUAAAUGCUUGUAAUAGUCUUCUUGGUGGGCUUGUGAAGGUUGGGUGGGUUGAUUUGGCAUGGCAGGUAUAUGGGGAAGUUGUUAGCAGUGGGAUUCAGUUAAAUGUUUAUACACUCAAUAUUAUGGUUAAUGCCUUAUGUAAAGAUCGCAAAAUUGAUAGUGUUAAAUCGUUCUUAUCAGACAUGGAAGAGAAAGGGGUUUUUUCAGAUAUUGUGACAUAUAAUACACUAAUCAAUGCAUAUUGUCAGGAAGGGCUUUUAGAAGAAGCUUUUCAGUUAAAGAACUCUAUGUCUUGUAAAGGGUUGAGACCUGAGGUUUUCACGUACAAUGCUAUCAUAAAUGGUUUAUGUAAAGUAGGAAAUUAUGCAAGAGCGAAGGAAAUUUUGUAUGAGAUGUUGAACAAUGGAUUGAGUCCUGACACUACUACGUAUAAUACAUUGCUUGUUGAGAGCUGUAGAAAAGAUGAUAUUUCAGAGGCUGAGGGAAUUUUCAAUGAAAUGUCAUGUAGAGGUGCUAUUCCUGAUUUAGUUAGCUUCAGUUCACUUAUUGGGGUUUUUUCGAGGAAUGGACAUAUUGAUCAUGCUUUAGUAUAUUUUCGAGAUAUGAAAAAGGCAGGCUGGGUUCCAGAUAAUGUGAUCUAUACUAUCCUUAUACAUGGAUAUUGCAGAAAUGGAAUGAUGUUAGAAGCUUUGAAGUUGCGGGAUGAAAUGCUUGAGCAAGGUUGCGUUAUGGAUGUGGUCACGUUCAAUACUAUUUUAAAUGGGCUGUGUCGGGAGAAGUUGCUUUCUGAUGCAGAUGAGCUCUUCAAUGAGAUGGUGGAAAGGGGUGUCUUUCCUGAUUUUUAUACGUUCACAACACUCAUUCAUGGAUAUUCUAAGCACGGGAAUAUGACUAAAUCCCUAAAUCUGUUUGAGGCGAUGACUAAAAGAAAUAUCAAGCCUGACAUUGUCACAUACAACACAUUAAUCGAUGGUUUCUGCAAAGUAGGUGAAAUGGAUAAAGCUAAGGAGUUAUGGGCUGACAUGGUUUCUAGAAGGAUAUUACCCAAUCACAUUUCAUAUGGCAUUCUAAUCAAUGGAUUUUGUAGCACGGGACAUGUGCAUGAGGCAUUUAGGUUGUGGGACCAGAUGAUUGAAGAAGGUAUCAAACCGACUCUAGUUACUUGUAACACUGUCAUUAAAGGCUAUUGCCGCUCUGGCAACACAACAAAGGCAGAUGAGUUCUUAGGCAAAAUGGUUUCAAAAGGAAUUGUUCCUGAUAGUAUUACUUACAACACUCUGAUUAAUGGAUAUGUAAAAGAAGAGAAUCUGGACAAAGCUUUUUUUGUCAUUAAGGAGAUGGAAAACCAAGGAAUAUUGCCAGAUCUGUUUACAUACAAUAUAAUUCUAAAUGGGUUCUGUAGACAAGGUAGAAUGCACGAAGCUGAGCUAGUAUUGCGGAAGAUGAUUGAGAGAGGUGUAAAACCUGAUAGAGAUACUUAUACAUCAUUGAUAAAUGGACAUGUGACCCAGGACAAUUUGAGGGAGGCAUUUCGGUUCCAUGAUGAAAUGCUGCAAAGGGGAUUUGUGCCAGAUGAUGAAUUCUAGUUUGUGUUUUUGCUCUUGCAACUGAAGAAAUAUGCAAUGCAACAUGCUUUUGAGACUUUGAUGGGCCAAAUGAAUUCACGAAAUAACCUGUUCAACAAUGCUGCAUUAUCUCCUGGAUCACCUUCUCCAUUUUUAUCAGCUCCAGCCUCAGGGUCUUCCACCUCACCCUUUCCAGCUGCUUCUCUACCUUCUGUGACAGUAGAUGUAUCUGCAAGCAUCAGCUGCACCAGCCACACCAGCCACACCAGCUACACUAGCUACACCUGCCACUAAUGUCAAAAAUGAAAAAGAAGUAGAAAAAACGGAACAGUUUUGGUAAUCAAGAAUCACUCUUACCGUAGUCUUUUCUUUAUAUUGCAUAAGAAUUCUUUGUGGCUUAAUAUUUCUGUAUGAACUUUGUGUGUAUAGCUCAAUAGCAAUUUGUAUGUGCCCUAGAAGUUAUUAGUCUGAAAAUGAAUUUAUGCACUUUUAUGUCUAUCAUUUUUUUCCUUUACUUUUUUAAUAAAUAGUUUUACUUGGGCUUCUAAUCCAUUAUAUAUAUUUUUUUCAAUGUUAAAAAAUAUUGGUUAAAUAAUUAGAAAGAUUGAAUUUUAUCUUAAGGGGGAAAUUUAAAUUUUGAGUUCCCCGAACAGUCAUAAAACGGUGAAUCCACUUCUAGAGUGACCAUACAUUCUUGAAAACUUUGUUCUAAAUACAUGUGGAUACUCUAAAGUAUCACUUUUUGCUGGCUGCAAGAACAGGAUGAGCGAAAUCUGGGUCUGAGCUCUCUAAAUCUGUAAUACCAUAUCAUAUGCUGAGGCUUUUUGAGACCCCCUGUGAGAAAGUAAUGUAGUUUUUUGUUUUGACCAUUACAUGAAAUCAUUAUUAAGAAAUUGUGACCUCACUAGUCCAUCUAUAGAAAAAGGUGAUUUUUUUAUUCUUGGGGAUUUGGUAGUAGAUGGAUAAGAUAGAAAAAAGAGGUGAGAGGAAUGCGAGCUGCCUUUAGAAAAUAUAUACAUAAAGUUAAGUGAACCAUGACAAGCAGACACUGAAUGAUGGGAAAAACCACUCAGUGUAUACCCGAUAGUCGCUAAUGCUUCCGAUUUAUAAAAUCAUCCAUGUCGAGAUUGCUUAAGCCCAUAGGUGGCUUUGUUAAGGUGAUACUUUCUUUGAAGACCCCUCAUGGACCAAUAUAUCCUGCAGGUUGUUCCAUUUGCAUUCCUCCUUUCCUUAUAUCAAGCUAGCGGGGGGCCAAUAAAGUAACCCGAAUACCGUAUAAAGUACUAGAUUUCCAUUUUGUAUGUUAUAUGAGAAAAUCAAAAUGGUGCAUAAGGUUGGAAUGCGCUUCGGAAGUACUUAACAAGUAUAGUUUGAAAAAUUUGAUUCAUUUCUUACUUUGGCUUUUUACGCGGUUUUAAGUUUUAAAUACCUUCUGUGGUUUACUGCUGAUUAGGCCUCUGCAUUGUAUUUGGUUAAAGGGGACUAAUUUCCUAUACGUCAACAAGUUCUUUCAAAGGAAGUUUUCUGAAUAAAUAUUCAUUGUAUUUCCCUUUUCUAAGGUAAGAAAUGUCAACAAAGUAUUUGCGAACUUAACCAAAAAACUGUUAGUGUUAGACUCUCAGGAUUUAAAUUCUCCACAUUUUACUUUCAAUGGAGAGGCACAACUGUCUGAUGCUUUCUGAUAAAUCUGUUGCAUUGAAUGAUUUGAAACUUAUCAGAAGAAGUUACAUUACUCUUUUUUAAUGAAUUUAUGGGACAUUAUGGGAUAUUGUUUGUGUUUCAUUUCAAGUUGUUUGAUCAUGAUCAAACAGCUAGGAUCCAUGAAUAGACAUCAUUUGAUUUCAAAUGUAGAAGCCUUACCUGAUUUAGAGGUACAUUUUUUUUUCCCUUUGUUUUUUUGGAUGAUUUAAUGUCUAAAAAGUAGGGUUGGCAGUGGCACAGAUCAAGGCUUAUUGUGUGAGGUGUCAUGAUGUUUGGUGGCUGAUGAUUUGACUUGUCUUAUUGUGACACAACACAUAGUUAAGAGAUUGAAUAUUUCUGUGAUAAAUAAUGGCCAUCAAUAUUUCAAGAGAUUUUUGACAGGCUGCUAUAAUUUGGAUAUUGAAUUUGAAAUGUUUGCUUUCACAAGUUUCUUGUUAGGGAUUCUAAGUGCAUUUUAUACUCACAGCUUUUGUAGAUAUUACUCCAGGGAAACUGAAUGAAAGAGCCCUUUCUAAAGUAGCUUAAAAGAUGUUUCCGAAAUAGGUUCAUCUAAGGGUGCCCAGAAUGACGUGGAGGUUUCUCAAAAUGGAGCUGCUUUGCUUUUAAGCACAAGGUAGAUGCUUCUGUGGGGUUCCAAUCUACUUGUAAGUAAAGAGUUAAUUGACACGUAGCGGCCCCUCGUUAUUGCAGUGCAUGCUUUUCUUUUAGAUUUAAUGUCAAUUUUUUGGUAGCUAAUUUUUAUGACAGAGACUCUCUUUUUCUAAAGACUGUUGAAGUGCAUAUGUUUCUUAACUUCAGACGUUCAACUUGGGAUAUUGAUUCUAGAGUUAGUUAUGUAAAGUGACAGACUUUUUCUCUUUUGUCUUGUGAGUGUAUUUGUUGUAGCAUUGGUAAGAUCAAAUAAGAAAUAAAAUUCUCUUUGUUGGAGCU